UCCCCCACCUCCAGGUCCCAGCAGGUCCCAGACCACGAGCUCUCCAUCCAUAGGCGGAAACGGACAGUGCUCGCCCAGCCUUCCUCACUGUGUGCCAGGCUGCCGGCUUCCCUCUCUACAAGGCCCCAGAGUACCUCCUGCCCCACAUGGCUGAGCUGAAGAAGGAGCUGCUGGCCCUGCAUGCCCAGCUGGGUUACAAGAGCCAGGCACUGGCCCAUCUGCAGCAGCACCAGGACUCCCCGGGGACCAACGAGCAAGCCCUGGUGCAGGAUCUGUGGCACCACGACCAGGAGCAGGCCAGAGCCCUGGGGCCGCGGAUCCAGCUGGUGACCGAGCAGUGCGGGCGCCACAUCGAGCGCUGGCCCAAGGUGCAGGCUGCCAUCGACGCCUGGUGGGAGCAGCCGGGGCAGUUCUCCCUGCCUGCGGAGCACCGCCAGGGCCUCACCUUGCAGCAGUGGCUGGAGCGUUGGACCCUGGCCCUCAAGACCCUCCAGCAGCACAGCACACCCGCCCCCAAAGGGGUGCACAAGGGGGUAGAGGUAGCCACACCCAGGUUAGGGAAGGAGUGCGGGUGGGACACGCCUAUCUGGGGUGGAGUUAUUGGAGGCCUAGCCUAGCCCCUCUUCUGCAAGGUGGGGGGUCAGUGUUAAGGGGUGAUCAGAUGCUGGUAGUGGGAGGGUUGGUGGGGCUGAGCGGAGGUGGGGGAGCGGUGUCAGGUGUGGGAGGGAUCCCACGUGGGUUUUGUGGCGUUCUGUAAUUCCCAUUGUUCUGAAUAAACUGACUAAAUGCACACUCAGGUCUAUGGCAGGGAUUGGGACAUAGGGCCUUUCCCCUCUGGGGGAUGCCAGCUCCGACCUGCCCCAGGGCAGGGAUUGGUAGGCUCAG